AUGAUGAUAACUCGUUUGCAUGUUUUGUUCUGUUGUGUCUUUGUCCCCAUCUUCUUGAUUAAUACCAUUGUUUCUCUCCAAUUUCCUCUUCCUGAACAAAUUGAGAUCCUUCUGGCUUUCAAGGAUGAGUUUCCAUCCCCAACCUGCAACCAUACGGUGCUAAACUCUUGGACCAGAAGCACUCCCCAAAAUAGUACAAACUCAUUUGAUGGGGUUGUAUUUGACAACAAGACCGGUGUAGUGACGGAUCUACACCUUGAUGACGCAUGUCUCCGUGGCACCAUCGAGCCUAAUAGUAGCCUCUUUAAACUCCACCACCUCAGGUAUCUCGAUCUCUCUUACAACAACUUUUACCUCUCCUCUUUCCCCUCUGAGUUUGGCAGACUCGCCAACUUAGAGGUCUUGAACUUUCGCUAUGUUGGCUUGGUCGGCGAAGUUCCAUCAUCAAUUCAAAACCUAAGCCGCCUUACCGUCUUGGACCUUUCUAAUAACAAGCUCCGUGGUGGUUUUCCCCUUGUGUAUAAUUUAACCAAGCUUUCUUUUUUAGACCUUUCCAAUAAUAACUUUUCGGGAACCAUUCCUUCUUCUCUAUUCACCAUGCCUUCACUGUUAGAACUUGAUUUGAGCCAAAACCAUCUCAGAGACCGCCUUGAAAAUCUGAAUUCUUCUUCAUCAUCUAAGCUUAAAAGUUUAUAUCUUGGCAGAAACCUUUUUAGUGGUCGAAUACUAGAUCCCAUCUCAAGAUUAGUCAAGCUCACGUAUUUAGACCUGUCUUUUCUCACCAUACUCAACCCAAUCAACAUUGUUUCCUUGCCACUCAAGUCUCUAGAGUAUUUGGAUCUAUCCGGGAUUACUCUGUCAAGGAUUAAUACUACCACUUCAGAUCAUGCCUUGACAAAUCUGAUCGGAUUGUACUUAUCGAGUUGCACGCUGGUUGAGUUCCCCGAAAUUUUGAAGACUCUACCAAACUUGCAGGAAUUAGACAUUUCCAACAAUAAGCUCAAAGGAAAGGUGCCUAGGUGGUUAUGGGAUCUGCCUUUGACCAAAGUAUCUCUGUCAAACAACUCCCUUGAUGGUUUUGAAGGUUCGCGAGAGGUGGUCCUCCCUUCGUCUCUUGUAAUGUUAGACUUGAGUUCAAACGCCUUUGGAGGACCUUUUCCUAUUCUUCCACCAACCAUUGACUUUCUGAUUGCAUCGAAAAAUAAUUUCACAGGAGACUUGCCUCUUUCAUUGUGCAAUCCAAGGAAGCUAACAGUCCUUGAUCUAUCGCACAACAGUUUCAGUGGUCCAAUCCCCCAAUGCUUGGGUGAUAUAGUUGAGGGUAUCUUGAAUCUCAGGCAUAACAACCUCAAUGGGAUGCUUCCCGAUAUAUUCUGCACAAGUGGCUCCUCACUAAUUACACUUGACGUGAGCAAGAAUCAAAUAACAGGGAAGCUUCCAAGGUCUCUUGCAAAAUGCAAUAGACUAAAGCUUCUUAACGUGGAGAACAAUAUGAUCACUGACACCUUUCCUUUCUGGUUGAAGGCUUUGCCGCUUCUGCAAGUAAUUGUCCUAGGAUCAAACAGAUUCUAUGGUUCUAUAUCUUCUCCACAAGAUGAUCCUCUACCAUUCUCAAAACUGCAGAUCAUUUGA